GUGGCGGAGGAGCUGCAGAGUGGACCAAUAAGCAAUGAGGAGAAGGAGCUGCUGCACCUACUGACGUCACCACAUCUGAAGGCGGUUCUCUCAGUGCAUGACACUGUGGCUCAGAAGAACUUUGACCCUGUGCUGCCGCCGCUGCCCGAUGACUUCGAGGAUGAGCUGGAGGAGGAGUCAGUGAAGAUUGUCAGACUGGUGAAGAACAAGGAGCCUCUGGGAGCCACCAUCAGGCGGGAUGAAGCCACUGGAGUGGUGAUGGUCGCUCGGAUCAUGAGAGGAGGUGCAGCUGAUCGAAGUGGUUUGGUCCAUGUAGGAGAUGAACUCAGGGAGGUCAACGGAGUCUCUGUGAUUCACAAGAGACCUGAUGAGAUCAGUCAGCUGCUGUCCCAGUCCCAGGGCUCCAUCACUCUCAAGAUAAUCCCUGCCAUUAAGGAAGAGGACCGACUGAAGGAGAGCAAGGUGUAUAUGAGAGCCUUGUUUGACUACAUCCCGCUGGAGGACAAGGCCACACCCUGCCAAGAGGCGGGACUUCCCUUCAAACGAGGAGACAUCCUGCAGGUCGUGACGCAGGACGACCCCACGUGGUGGCAGGCCAAACGUGUGGGAGACAGCAACCUGCGGGCCGGACUCGUCCCGUCCAAACAGUUCCAAGAGAGGCGACUGGCCUACAGGAUGAAAAUGGGCACGCUCCCGAAUCCAAAAUCCCCUAAAAAGCCCGCCUACGACCAAGGAUGUGAUAAAG